GGUAAAAUCAGUCUGCUAGAUUGCACGUGUCGUCUAGCAGAGGUAGUGAGCCAGUUACAGUUUUUUUAAAAAGCUUAAACGUAAUUGAUUUCGAUAAUUUAUUGCCAUGAAACACAAUCAAUGUGACAACGGGUUUAGAGAUUCAGUUCAGAUUAAGCUUGAUUUUUUAGGGGAACGGCCUUCUUGUGACCAUGGACCGAUGUUACUAUUUGAAAAAAGUUCAAAUGUGGACAAAAGAUUUUUUGCAUGUUCGGCAUAUCGAGAUCGAAAGUUGUGUUCUGCCUAUGUUUUGGAAACAGAUUGGAAGAACGAUAAGGAAAAGGAGCCAAAGGAAAGUCAACUUCUCUCAACUUCAAGGAAACUAGACUACAUCAGGGAAAACAUUUUGGACAAACCAGAUUCGUCUGUGGAGUAUAAAAGCUAUUGUCACUCAUGUGGGGAACUUUUUGUUCAUGACGAAAAACAUGUUAAUCACCAAAUUACAAAAAGAAUCUCAGAAGAUCUACUAAAAAAACCUUCUCAGUUUUUAGAUCCAUUAGAUCACUCCAAAAAGGAAGCACAGUAUUUUUUCUCUGAAAACUCCAUAAAUGUAAUAUUAGGGUUGCUUCAAGAUGCAAAAGUUAAUCAUGUACUCUGCAUUGCUUGCCCAACAAUCUUUGAAAGACUGAGAAAUGAUGGUUCCAAGAAAUGUUUGAUGCUUGACCUUGAUAUUCGAUUUCGUCAAUUUUAUGGUCCCCAAGAAUAUUUACUUUACAACAUGUUCAAUCACCACUUUUUCAAUGGUAUUGAAGGGUUUUCCAUUUAUGAACAGUUUUUGAAAGAAGCUAAAAAUAAUUUGGCUGUGGUAAUGGACCCACCGUUUGGAGGUAAAGUGGAAAUUAUCGCGCACACCUUGCGAAAAAUUGACGGCGAGUACAAACGUCUGAAUGGAGUAAAGUCUUCUGAGAUCUCCAAUUUUUGGAUAUUUCCCUAUUUCAUGGAGUCUCAAAUUCUUAAUAAAUUACCAAAUUUUGCUAUGCUCGACUACAAAAUCGAGUACACCAAUCACAGCCAAUUUCAGAAAGGUCCUAAAGGGAGAAAGCAAGGAUCUCCUGUCCGAAUAUUUACAAACGUCAACUUGCAGAAACUUAAGUUACCUGCCAGUGAAGGAUAUCGCUACUGUGGUCUUUGUAAAAAAUGGAUAAGUCCCGAAAACAAACAUUGCUCGAGCUGUAAUUCGUGUACAUCUAAGGAUGGAAGGACCUAUGUACAUUGCGUCAAAUGCCAAAGAUGCGUGAAACCCACUUGGAUUCACUGUGUGAAAUGCAACAGAUGCGCUUUAGCAGAACAUCCGUGUAUGCUGUUUCAAGAGCGAACCAAAGAAGUAGCUAAUCUUAAGAAAAUAAAGACGGACAGUUUUUCUAUUGCGAAAUCCACAACCAAAUGGACCGUGACCGAGCAUAGAAAUACAUAAUAAAGUUGUCCU